GCGAUGGAGAAGGACAACGCAAGUUCUCCCGAAGGCUUCGUCCUGGUGGGCUUCUCUGACCGUCCGCGCCUGGAGCUGGUCCUUUUCGUGGUGGUCCUCACUUUCUACCUGCUGACUCUCUUUGGCAACAUGACCAUCAUCUUGCUGGCAGCUCUGGACUCCCGCCUGCACACGCCUAUGUAUUUCUUUUUGGCCAACCUCUCAUUCCUAGACAUGUGUUUCACCACAGGCUCCGUCCCCCAAAUGCUCCACAACCUGCGGGGCCCAGAUAAGACCAUUAGCUACCUGGGUUGCGCCACUCAGCUCUACUUCGUCCUGGCUCUGGGGGGCGUGGAGUGCGUCCUCCUGGCGGUCAUGGCCUAUGACCGCUACGCUGCCAUCUGCAGGCCCCUGCACUACGCGGUCAUCAUGCACCCACGCCGCUGUGGGAAGCUGGCGUCCGCGGCCUGGCUGAGCGGCUUUGGCAACUCUCUCGUAAUGGCACCCCAGACGUUGCUGCUGCCCCGCUGCGGGCACCGACGGGUUGAUCACUUUCUCUGCGAGAUGCCGGCGCUCAUCGGCAUGGCCUGUGUCGACACCAUGGCCCUGGAGGCUCUGGCAUUCGCUCUGGCGGUCUUUAUCAUUCUGGCGCCCCUCAGCCUCAUCCUCGCCUCGUACGCGUACAUUGCGCGGGCCGUGCUGGCGAUCAAGUCAGCCGCCGGGCGAAAGAAAGCCUUCAACACCUGCAGCUCCCACCUAAUCGUCGUCUCCCUCUUCUACGGCACAAUCAUAUACAUGUACCUCCAGCCAGCAAACACUUACUCCCAGGACCGGGGCAAGUUCCUCACUCUCUUCUACACAAUUGUCACUCCCAGUGUUAACCCCCUCAUAUACACGCUGAGAAACAAAGACAUCAGAGAGGCCGUGAAGAAGGUUCUAGGGAAGGGGGGUGCGGACACAUAG